AUGACUGCUGUGGCAUCACCACCUAGUGUGCAAUCGGGGCCUCGCUUGGGAUGGUACGAACCUGGUAACGGAGGACAAGGUGCUCUGUCUUCAAUGAACGGGGACGAAGUUUCACGCAUGUUUAUGCCACGGAAGACCAUUCAAAGAUCGAAUUCCUCUUCUUCUCUGGGAUCUACUUCGUCCACGUCAACCGUGACAUCAACUCCGCAGAAUACUAAUGCCGGUCAAAGCCACAACCCUGAAUCAGCCACUUGGUCGUCUAAAAAGAAACCUUCGCGCAGUCUGUGGCCUAGCUCUAAGUCAGAACCAGUAUCCGGCGUGAGCAACGCACGCUCUCAAGCAAUGCCCGCAUUUUCCUCCGGUCCCACUGCCUCAUCGGCUAUGUCCGCUAUCCAUCACCAGCCUUCCAUUGUUCCAUCUCAACAUAUGCUCCAACCCCAACAAAAUGGCGUCCGCGCAGGGAGCGCGCCUUCGGGAGAACCGCCCGCGAUUUUGACGCUGGUGCCGCUCAAUGGUACAUUUGAAAAGAAGCAGAUUAAUGUGCCUUAUUUCCCGGAAACGGUUCGAAUUGGCCGGCAAACGAAUGCAAAAACAGUGCCUACCCCAGCGAAUGGAUUUUUCGAUUCCAAGGUGCUCAGUCGACAACAUGCCGAAGUUUGGGCUGAAAAAGGCGGGCGAAUCUUCAUUCGUGAUGUGAAAUCGUCGAAUGGCACGUUUGUUAACGGAACACGGUUGUCUCCAGAAAACCGCGAGUCAGAGCCGCAUGAGCUCCGUGAAAAUGACCAGCUGGAACUGGGAAUCGAUAUCAUUAGCGAAGAUCAGACAACGGUUGUACAUCACAAGGUCUGUUGCAAAGUGGAAUAUGCUGGGGUUUAUGGCACCAUGCCGAAUAUUCUUGAUCUCACACUUGGAGAUCUGGACCCUGCCUCAGGAGGAGGUCUUCUACCUUCCCCCCUUAGCCAGCCUCUAUCACACAUGCGAGGGCGAUCCGGGAGCUCGCUGAGCAACCGGAGUGUACAGAGCACAGCCAGCAGUCAGUUCAAUGCGCUACAACAACAGCGGCAAAUGAAUUACUGGAACUCUCCUAUAUCUAUUGAACAAGUUGUUAAAAGACUUACGAGCGAAAUGAAACAGGCCAAACAGCAGUCACAAGAUCUACGUCAAACGGACGAAUUCUUGACUAAUCUUACGAAAUCAGGCCAUCCUGAGAAAGAACGAAUGAAGAGCUCGCCUGCAGAUAGCACUUCGUCCCGUCAAGUCAAUGGCAGGCCCAAGAUGCCUCGGCUUGAUUCUUUCUCUCGCUUUUCUGACCCUCCCGCCCCACCUCCACAGCAACCUCUACCUGAAAAGCCCGAUGCCUUGCCACGCAAUGGCACUGACGUUACUUCUCCUCUUAAGCGAUCUGAUACAGAGAAACCGAAGCUUGGAGCCACAAGCUCACCUGUCUCUCGUGAAUCAAGUCAAAUUCUAUCGCUGAUUGAAGCUCUGUCGUCAGCUAAAAGAGAGCUCGACAGCCAGGGUGCUCGUGUGAAAGAGCUAGAGAGCCUUUUACUUGAAGAACGGAAUGCACGGCAAUCUGCAGAAGAAAAGGCCAGAAGUCUCGAGAUGAGGGCUAAGGAUAACGAAAUAGUUGCAAACCACACUAUCUCUGGUUCUCAUACCGUCAACAUUCAAGAGACUUCUGCAGAACAGUUAGGCCCUGCAGAGCCGCUAGUAAAUGGUGUGUUGUCUGAACCUAGCUUGGAAGAUUCUAUCUCAGAGGAGAAGUCGGUGACCGCAAACAAUAAUGAUUUGCAGCAGCGCCUUGAGGCGAUGAUGGAAGAAAUGGAAGAAAUGAGGAAGCAAAUCACGGUGUUUAGGGACCGUGCUGAAAAGGCUGAGAGUGAAACGGCUGAGACCAGAAAGUCGUUAGCAGAGAUGAUAGAGACUCUAAGACGAGAGCGUGAAGAGCGCACCGUGGCAAACAAUGAGUCAAGGACUCAGGCACAGGAUGCAACCAAUCGCUCCGGUUCGUCUAGUGCAGAUGAGGUGAAGAACUACCCAGACGCAAAUAGUGAGAUGGAGCCAGAGUGCACUGGAACAUCGCCCCUAUCCAAGGAGACUGAAAUCUCCGAUACGACGUUUGCAACGCCGCCUCACAAACAUGAUGUCUUGCAGCACUCUAGCCCAUACGCGUCGAUGCUUGGGGUCGUUCUUCUAGGUGUAGGGCUAAUGGCCUAUCUGAAUGGAUGGCAGAAAAUGGACAAAUGA